AUGUCAGCCGUCGUCACUUCAACUGAUGUCCUCGCGGUAUAUGAUACCCUGGCCUCGAUAGGCGAGACGGUGCUAGAGAUUGAGAUCUUGCCGGAAGCCCUUGGCCCGUUCUUGAAGGAUGAUGGCGAAGGCGGCGGCGACGUCGGAUAUAUAGGUGUCACCAAGAAGGCGCUGGUGCGGGCAUUUACUACUGCGCGACGGGUGUUUUUCGAGUCUAGAAAGCUGCGAGAGACAGAAGAGGAUGCUGCAUCGGCUUCGGCUGUCAUCCUGGUGUUUGAUUCAGAGCACUUGACGGCCUGCAACUGGCGGAAGCGAAGGAUCCAGUCGAGGGCUGGCGACGACGACAGGGGAUACAGACACCUUUUAUCCGUCGAGUGCAAUUUCACUGCCUCCUUGCUUCGGUCGCCUUUACAUCGUCAUGCAAAGUCGCCGACGCUGUGGUAUCAUCGCUUCUGGGUCAUGGCCCAGCAUGCGAGAUUACCAAAGUCUGAGCCUGAGUCAAAGUCUGAGGUUGAGAUGCUAAAGGCUGAAGUCGACCUUGUGCUGCGGGCGGCUGGACAUCAUCCCAUGAACUAUUACGCCUUCAGCUACUUACGGCAAUAUCUAGCCCUGUUGGCUCGGAUCGUUGGUGGUGAUGAUGGCGAUCGAUCGGAUCACAUCACAUACGAGGUCGAGGUCGAUCCCGCAGCGAACAGGGGAGUUACUUCCCGCCUAAUAUCCGAUGCUCAUCUCGUUACCACGGUGCGUGACUGGUGUCUACGUAACCCCGGCGAUAAUUCAGGCUGGAUGUUCUUACUCCAUCUACUCUCGCUUAUGGACGAUGGCGAUAUCCAACACGACGUCGUACAGUGGGUUAUCCUGUUUGGGUUUGACGUGCGAUGGCAAAAGGAGGCCCUCUGGACCUUCGUUCAGCUAGCUGUCUUGAAGUUUAAGGUCGUGUCUGAUCUUGCUUGUACGGUUGCUGCCGACUCCAACGCCAGCGCCAGCGCCAGUGAGCAGGGUCAGGGACAGGGACGAACAGUGGCAAGUGAGACUAGCCCAGACCCAAGGCCGUGGAAGAGAUGGGCUCGUAGGGCGGCUAUACCAACUACAAUAUGA